UGACAACGACCAGACAUGGGCACCUCGCGGAGCUUUCAUCCGUCCCCGCCCCUGGGCAGCGGCUCUGGGAGGGUGGCCGGCACCUCGGGGUCGGCGUGUGUGGAAAUCAACAGCAUCUGGCUCGUCUGCCCUUCGGCCGCCGGUUUGCCCGUUUGUGAGGUCACAGUGAGGCCAUCUCCGGGCCGCGUUCAGUCUGGGUCAGACUUCAUGGAAGGAAGAGGGAGGAGCUGUUUGUGGGCAUUGGGUGUCCCGGGGACCCGGCCCGCGUUCUGCCGGACUGUGAGCCCCGGAGAAAAACGGGCGCCGGGAAAUUCGCCUCCCGCUGCCUCCUCGGGUGCAGCUGGGCGGUGGCUGAGCAUCCUCUCCUUUCUCUCUUUUGCAGUUUGUGUUUCUUAUCUGGGAAGAUUUUACCAGGACCUCAAAGACAGAGAUGUCACCUUCUCACCGGCCUCUAUCGAAAAAGAACUUGUAAACUUCUGCCGCGAAGCAAGAGGCAAAGAGAAUCGGUUGUGCUACUACAUUGGGGCCACGGAUGACGCCGCCACCAAGAUCAUCAACGAGGUGUCCAAGCCGCUGGCCCACCACAUCCCCGUGGAGAAAAUCUGCGAGAAACUCAAGAAGAAAGACAGCCAGAUCUGCGAGCUGAAGUACGACAAGCAGAUCGACCUGAGCACGGUGGACCUGAAAAAGCUGCGCGUUAAAGAGCUAAAGAAGAUCUUGGACGACUGGGGGGAGACAUGCAAAGGCUGUGCAGAAAAGUCCGACUACAUCCGGAAGAUCCAUGAACUGAUGCCCAAGUACGCCCCCAAGGCGGCCAGCUCACGGACUGAUUUGUAGUCGGCCCAUCCCUGCGGCCCUUGAGGGAAAGAAACAGUUCAGCUGUGUCUUCCCCAAACAGCGUUUUGUAAUUUAUUUUUAGACCAGCUCCUGACAAGUCAGGUGUGGAGCCUGAGCCUGGAGCUCUCUGGAUGGUGCUGGCUCUCCAGCACCCCUGUCGGGGGUCACUUCCUUCUGUUGCUGGUUUUCUCUGGGACUUCAAAGUGUGUCUGGGAUUUUUUUAUUAAAGGAAGAAAACUUCUAGCUGUC